AUGGUUCAAUUGGUGGAGACGUCGCAGGUCGUUUUGUCAAAAUGUGGUAUAAAUCUUCAAAAACGAAAAACCAGCUCACUCACGACUGUAAUCACUUUUUUCAAACUAUUCUUUUCAAAAACUCGUUUUCAGAACGACGAUCUGAUGAACACUGCAUUUUAUGAGCCGGAAAACGAAGACGAGUUGUAAGUUAAACAUGUAACUUUCCUAUCCGAAGAAAUAUUUUUCAGUGAAAACUUUGCGAAAAAUCUAGCAAUCGAAGUGUUGGACUAUUGGGAGAAGCGGCUCGACAAGCUCACCGAGAAGUACCCGUUCCUGAUGCUCAGAAUCGUUCCGAUCUUCGUCCAACUUCUUCUCAUUCUUCUAAUCACUCUCUUCUUCUUCGUCACCGGCGCCUCUCGUUCAGCGGAUCACAAAGCCGCCCAUCUGUAUCAUUUGUUGCUCUGUGUUAUUUUUUGA